AUGUUACAGAGUGCUUUUUCCCCAAAUAUCAGCAGUAUCGGUGGCGUCGGCGCCAUCGGCCGUGGCACUUGCUGGGAUUUAUCGCCGGUGUUUGAAUGGGUGUCAUGUGAUGUGUCUGGUGCUGAGACAGAUGUUGUGGAGUCUGUAUCGCUGAUUGUGGGAGAUUCUGUCACUCUACAUACAGAUGUUACUGAAAUACAGAGAGAUGGUGUAAUUGAGUGGAGGUUUGGAGAAUAUCUCAUUGCUAGAAUCAGCAGUGAAUCUAAUAAGAACAUAGUACUUGUUAACCCCAAUAGAGAGAGACUGCUGCUGGACCAUCAGACUGGAGAUCUCAAGAUAAGGAAAGUUAGAAUCACAGACUUUGGACUUUAUACACUUGAGAUCAACAGCUACAGGGGGAUGUCAUCAAAGACAUUCAAUGUCAGUGGUGUGAAUAAUCUGGUGCCAGGUGGAGUGACACUCAUGCCGGUGCUGGAGAGAAACUCUGUCAUUCUACCGUCUGAUCUUACUGAAAUACAGAGAGAUGAUCAGAUAACCUGGAAGUUUAAUGGCACACUCAUUGGUCAACUAAAAUUUCAAACAGCUGAAAUCUUUGCUGAUGUUCUUGAUGGGAGAUUUGAAGACAGACUGCAUCUGAACCAGCAGAAUGGAUCACUCAUCAUUACUAACAUCAGACCCAACACCUCUGGACCUUAUGUAGUCGACAUCACCAAGAGCGGCAGCAGUUACACCACACACAAGACUUUCAGAGUUACUAUCAUUGAUGGAGGGAACAGGCUGUCGGCGAUGGAGGGAACUUCUGUCACUCUAGAAUCUGGUGUUUCUAAAAUACACAGAGAUGAUGUGAUAAUAUGGAGGUGUGAAUAUGGAGACAUAGCAAAAAUGAGCUAUGGGACCUUCGCUACAUUUGAUGGCAUUGAUGGGAGAUUCAAAGGGAAACUGGAGCUGGACUACAAGACCGGAUCUCUGACCAUCAAGGACAUCAGAACUAAACACACUGGACUUUAUCAUCUCGAUAUCAUCGGCAACCGACGCACCAUAUUCAAGAGAAUCAAUCUUUCUCUCUAUUAUGUGUCUGGUGCUGCUGAGACAGAUGUUGUGGAGUCUGUAUCGGUGAUUGUCGGAGAUUCUGUCACUCUACAUACCGAUGUUACUGAAAAACCUGAUGGUGCGAUUGUGUGGAGCUUUGGAGAUGCCGUUAUUGCUGAAAUCAGUAGUGAGUCCAAUGAGAACAAGGUAUAUGUUAAUGAUAAAUUCAAUGACACAGUGAAGCUAGACAAUCAGACUGGAGAUCUCAAGAUCAGGAAAGUUAGAAUCACAGACUUUGGACUUUAUACAUUUGAGAUCAACGGCGACAGAGGGAUAUCAAACAAGACAUUCAAUGUCAGUGGUGUGAAUAAUCUGGUGCCAGGUGGAGUGACAAUCGUGCCGGUACUGGAGAGAGACUCUGUCAUUCUACCGUCUGAUCUUACUGAAAUACAGAGAGAUGAUCAGAUAACCUGGAAGUUUAAUGACACACUCAUUGGUCAAGUAAAAAAUCAAACAGCUGAAAUCUUUGCUAAUGUUCUUGAUGGGAGAUUUGAAGACAGACUGCAUCUGAACCAGCAGAAUGGAUCACUCAUCAUUAUUAACAUCAGACCCAACACCGCUGGACCUUAUGUAGUCGACAUCACCAAGAGCGGCAGCAGUUACACCACACACAAGACUUUCAGAGUUACUAUCAUUGAUGAAGGGAACAGGCUGUCGGUGAUGGAGGGAACUUCUGUCACUCUAGAAUCUGGUGUUUCUAAAAUACACAGAGAUGAUGUGAUACUAUGGAGGUGUGAAUAUGGAGACUCUGUGAUAGCAAAAAUGAGCUAUGGGAUCUUCGCUACAUUUGAUGGCGCUGAUGGGAGAUUCAGAGGCAAACUGGAGCUGGACUACAAGACCGGAUCUCUGACCAUCAGGAACACCAGAACUAAACACACUGGACUUUAUCAUCUCGAUAUCACCGGCAACCGGAGCACCAUAUUCAGGAGAUUCAAUCUUUUUGUCUGUUGUGAGUAUCUGAAGUCUUUUAAUGUAACAACAACAACCAUAUUUAGAUUAGCAUGUUCUCAAAUUACCUGA